CUAAAAAAAAGUAUCUGGAAUAUUGUAGAAGCCUCUUCCUGUUCGUAUCUAAAAUUAAGCGAAGAAGAUGCUAGAUUACACUCCAAUUGCUUGAGUUUCUCAGAUUCAUCGACUAUAAAUAUCACCAUACUUUCUCUAGUUCAUCAUCAGCAAGUCAUCAAACAAAUCAAGCACUACAAUUAACAAUUUAAAAAAUCCUCUGUUUUCUUCAAACAAGAAAGCUUCCAAAAAUGUCUCUGAUUCCAAGCUUCUUCAGUGGUCGUAAGAGCAACAUCUUCGACCCAUUUUCCCUUGACUUAUGGGAUCCAUUCGAGGGCUUCCCAAUUUCAACCAAUGCCCCAUCAUCUACUCGUGAAAUCUCUGCUUUUGCAAAUGCAAAAAUCGAUUGGAAAGAGACCCCAGAAGCUCACGUCUUCAAAGUGGACGUUCCGGGGAUAAAGAAAGAGGAAGUGAAAGUUGAAGUGGAAGAAGGAAGGAUUUUACAGAUUAGCGGUGAGAGAAGCAGAGAGCAAGAGGAGAAGAAUGAUCAGUGGCACCGUAUGGAGAGGAGUAGCGGUAAGUUUACAAGGAGAUUCAGACUGCCGGAGAAUGCAAAGACGGGAGACAUAAAGGCAGCGAUGGAGAAUGGGGUGCUCACUGUGACUGUUCCUAAAGAAGAAGAGAAGAAAAAAUCUGAGGUGAAGGCCAUUGACAUUUCUGAUUAAACACAAGUGCAGUGCAGUGCAGAUCAAAAGUCCUUCUGUCAAUAAUGUUUGUUUUCCUAAGUAUUUUGGUUUGUUGGGAAAUUAAGCUUUUAAUCUGAAUUUUGUGCAUGUGUAAUGUCUUAAGUUGUAAACAAGAAAAUUUAAUUUCCUUGAGAAUUUAAUUAAUGAAUAAUUUCCUUUUGUCUUUUUC